UUUCCCAGGUAUCAUCACAUCUGCUUGAUCCUCACAGCUCAUUAUGGCAACACAGAAAUAUGAGAGCAUCAUCUCCAAGAGUGAUCAGAGAUCUGAUGGACCUCCUGCUGUCUACCAGCUGAGACCAAAGACACAGAAGUUUGGAACUCUGACAAGAAUCACUGUUGGAGAAAAAAAUCAAUACAAGACAAACAGAACCAUCUUACUGGUGGGAGAAACAGGAGCAGGAAAAUAUACUCUGAUCAACGCUCUGCUCAACUACACCAUGGGAGUGAAGUGGGAGGAUAGAGUCUGGUUUCAGAUCAUAGAGGAGGAGAAAAGUCAGACAUCAGAUGUGAUGGUGUACGAGAUCUUUGGUUUUGAAGAUGAAACUCUGCCCUACUCUCUGACCAUCAUCGAUACUCCUGGAUAUGGAGACACCAGAGGGACUGAAGAAGAUGACAUCAUCAGUGAAAAAUUAUUGGAUUUGUUUGGAUCAGAGGAUGGAGUCCAUGAAGUUCAUGCAGUGGGUUUGGUCAUGAAGGCGAGUGAUAAUCAAUUGUUUGACCGACUGAAGUACAUCUUAGAUUCGGUUAUGCCUCUGUUUGGAAAAAACAUGGAGAAAAAUAUCAUAGCUCUGAUCACACACUCAGAUGGAAGAAGACCUAAAAACCCUCUUCAAGCUCUUGAAGCUGCAGGAAUUAAAUGUGCCAAAAAUGAGAAUAAUCAGCCAGUUUUCUUCCAGUUUGAUAACUGCCAGCUUGAAGAUGAGGAAGAAGAAUUUCUGAAGCCAAUUUUUGAAAGAUCAGAGAGAGGAAUGAAAGAGUUCACAGCCUUCCUGAAAGAAACUACACCUGUGAAGCCAGAAGCAUCUCCUGAAGUGUUAAAAGAAAGUAUCAGACUGACAGCCUGCAUCCAAAACCUGCAAGAAAGAAUCAGAUUCACUGAAGUGAAACAAAGAGAGAUAAAACAGAGUCAGGAAGCUCUGGAGAAACAUGACAACAUGAUGACUGAAGAGGUCCCUCCAUUUGUUGCUGAAGUUUUUAAACAUAAAGAACCUAUCAGAGCAGAGAUGUGUGGGCCGGGUUUUAAAGCAGCUGUCAGCUGUACAGUCUGUGAGGAGAACUGUCACUAUCCUGGAUGCACGGUGCCCUUAAAUCACUGUGAGGUCUUUAUAGAUGGUCUCUGCACGUCAUGUACCAGGAAGUGUCCUGGAUCAGAUCAUGUGAAAGGAAAGUGGAGAUAUGUGACCAGGAUAAGGAGAGGUCAGAAGAAUGAACCAUCAACAAAAGAGAAGGAUGUUCAUUUACUUGGAAAGGAAAUGAAACUGCUGACAGCAGAGAAGUCCCAGUUCCUGGAUGAGUCCUACCAACAUGUUGUCAGACUGGAGCAGAUCGCUCUGAAAGCUGAUUCAGUGUCCACUAUGGUCCACUUGGACUACCUGAUUGAGAAGAUGGAGGAGAAAGGAAACACAGAGAAGGUCCAGAAACUGGAGGAGAUGAAAAGGAGAGAGGACGAAGAAGCCAAAGCACAGCGGAUCAGUUUGAACUCAUCACCACAUGAAGACAUCAUCUUAAACAGUUUUCUCAUCAGUUCAGCACCCCCUGAUGUCUACCAGCUGAGACCAAAGACACACAAGUUUGGAACUCUGACAAGAAUCACUGUUGGAGAAAAAAAUCCAUACAAGACAAACAGAACCAUCUUACUGGUGGGAGAAACAGGAGCAGGAAAAUCUACUCUGAUCAACGCUCUGCUCAACUACACCAUGGGAGUGAAGUGGGAGGAUAGAGUCUGGUUUCAGAUCAUAGAGGAGGAGAAGAAGAAAGAUCAGACAGAAGGUCAGACAAAAGGUCAGACAGUAAGUCAGACAUCAGAUGUGAUGGUGUACGAGAUCUUUGGUUUUGAAGAUGAAACUCUGCCCUACUCUCUGACCAUCAUCGAUACUCCUGGAUAUGGAGACACCAGAGGGACUGAAAAAGAUGACAUCAUCAGUCACAGAUUAUUAGACUUGUUUCGAUCAGAUGAUGGAGUCCAUGAAGUUCAUGCAGUGGGUCUGGUCAUGAAGGCGAGUGAUAAUCGACUGAGUGACCGACUGCUGUAUGUCUUUGAUUCAGUGACGUCUUUGUUUGGAAAAAACAUGGAGAAAAACAUCAUAGCUCUGAUCACACACUCAGAUGGAAGCAGACCUGAAAAUGUUCUUGAAGCUCUUGAAGUUGCAGCAAUUAAAUGUGCAAAAAAUGAGAAGACUGAGCCUGUUCACUUCCUGUUUAAUAACUCACAGUAUGAAGACCGAACAGAAGAAAAUACGUCUUCAAAGCAUUCAUGGGAACUUACACAGGAAAACAUGAAUCAGUUGACAGACUUCUUGGGAAAAUCUAAUCCUCAAAAACUGAUGAAAACAGGUGAAGUGCUAAAUGAACGAAUCAGACUGAAAGCCUGCAUCCAAAACCUGAAAGAGAGAAUCGAGCUGGCUGAACUGAAACAGACAGAAAUCAGACAGAUGCAAGAAGCUCUGAAGAAACAUGAAGAAAAACAGAGAGAAGAAAAGAAAAAUCUUGAAGAAGUUAAAGGAAUCCACGAAACUCUAAAGAGCCAAGGAGAACAGAAACAUGAAGAAGCUCAAAAAAUCCAAAAAACUAUGAAGGAACAUGAAGAAGAGAUGAAGAGGAAUGAGAGGUUCACUGUAGAAGUUGAUGAGCCCUACAAAGUGAAAGAUCCCAUUGAUAGUGGGAUGUGGGGUUUAGUUUUUUAUGAAGCAGCUGUCUGCUGUAUAGUCUGUGAGGAGAACUGUCACUAUCCUGGAUGCACAAUUGGCUGGAAACCUGCACACUGUGAAGUCAUGAAAAGAGGUCGCUGCACUGUUUGUACCAACAAGUGUCCUGCAUCAGAUCAUGUGAAAGAAAAGUGGACAUUUGUGACCAAGACAAGGAGGGUAAUGAAGACGAAUGAAGAAAUGAAAAAGACGUAUGAGAAGAAUGAGCUAGAAUGUGAGGUACAGAGGCGUGAGUUAAAAACUCUUACAGAGGAAGUGAACAAAACAAUGAAAACAGUAGCUGUUUUAUCACAGAACAAAAGAGAAAAGGAGCAGAAAUAUGAAAAGUAUCAAAAAGAAAGUGAGGAGAAGUGUACCCUGUUGGAAAAUCUCGAAAAGGAAAUGAACCAGCUGAGAGCCGAGAAUUCCCAGUUCCUGGAUGAGUCCUACCAACAUGUUGUCAGACUGGAGCAGAUCGCUCUGAAAGCUGAUUCAGUGUCCACUAUUGUCCACUUGGACUACCUGAUUGAGAAGAUGAAGGAGAAAGAAGACACAGAGAAGGUCCAGAAACUGGAGGAGAUGAGAAGCAGGGUGGAUGAAAAAACCAAAAAAGCAGCAUAUUUGUACAAGUUUAGUCAAAUACCAUCAGCUAUGAAAAACAUUGGGACAUCCUUGGCCUGGUAUAAGUGAAACAUGUAAAGAAGCAUCAGGCAGCUGUGUAGAUGGCUUCUUUUUUCUGAUACUUUCUAUACUACAUGGUCAGAUGUACCCCACAGGUUUUUCUUGUUUAGCUAACAGAUGGCAUAUUACUAUUAAAAAUGCAUAUUAGAAAUUACUUGUUGAUUAUUGAACAGCACUGACAUCUCUACUUAGAGAGCAGUCAGUUUGUUUAGCAGUUUUGUAGUCCUAAGGAGAAGCUACUGUGGCUCAGUGUUUGUUUUAUGCAUCAAAUCAGUACCAAACACAGCAUGUGGCUCAAUCUGCUUUGGUGCUGCCUUCAGAAAAAAGUUAAUUACUUCUAAAAUAAUUUUCGCCUCGAGAAGAAAUUGUUAUAUAAAAAUUCCCCAAAUUUUUAAGAGUUGAAUUUAUAGCAUUUAAACAACGUGAAAAUGACUGAUCAGUGAAACAUGGUGACCUUUUCUUCAAAGGUCUCAUGUACAGAGCUAUAAAUCAUGUGGUAAUGAUAUUUUGUAUUUUUAUAGCGGCUGAUAGUUAAUUGAAUGUGAGGAAUUGAUUUUUGAUGCAGACAUGAGGGCCUCCUGCUAAGACGGGAACAUCAUUUGUGCUUUCAUAUUUUAUCCAGUUAAUAAAACGAAUAUAUAAUUUCUCAUUUAUAGAAAAUCAUUUGAUUUAUUGCUUUUUCUUUAUUAACAUACAUGUAUUUCACACAGGUAUUUGUACUUAUGUAACAUCUUAUGACUAAUAUUACGACAUAGACCCCACAGUGAGUUAUUAUGCAGAGCAGAGCUGGUCUGAGCUGCCAGCUGUGCUGUAAGUGCAGUGAGGACGCCCCCUGCUGUUCAAUGAUCAGUACAAUAGUGUAUGAGAACAGCUCCCUCUGUCUCUGAUGUCACAAACUAAACUGUGUUCUCCACAAAUACAUGUGUUUCUGUCAAGUUGUUCUACUGUUGUCAGUGUGAGCUUUAUUCUGCUGCUCCUCUCAUGGUGACUCAGUGAAGUGGUUGUGGGACAGUAACAUGUCACUCCAGAUCCAGAGACAAGUUGUUGUCUUUCUAAACAGUGAGUACAGAGGAGGUUGGAGACACUGAACUCAGACACAGUGUAAAAAUAUUCAAUCCAUCUUUGACUCUUCAGUGUUUCUGAGUCCAGUCCUAUAACAUGAUCUUCUUCCAUUUGAUCGAUGCCUCGGAUUCUUCAUAUGUCUUCAUGCUUUGAAUGGCUGCUUGAAAUAUUUCUGAUGAUUCAGGCCAAGUAGAAACAUUUGGAUCCUUUCAUGUUGGACUUUGUUUAAAUUCUCUAUAUUCUGUUCUUCCAUAUUAAAUCAUCUCCUGCUUUUUGCACUUUUUUGUCAAUUCUCAAUAAAAGUUCUGCUUCAUUCAGUCA